AUGAACCCGAAAACAGAGAACAUAAUUCGGCAUCUUCUCACAUGCGGUUCGAAGAAUCAUCUCAAAAACCAAAUCGUUUUUUCAAUGAGAGCCCAUCCCCGCCGCAGAGCACUGAAGAUCAGUUCUACACGGUAAAAGCAACAAUACAAAUUCAAGAAUCCGAUGGUUCCGCUAUUACACCACCGACCUUUCCCAUCACAACUAAAAGACCAAAAAAGAAGAAGGGUAAAAUCUACAAUCAACAUGGAAUCGAUAUCAGAAAACAAGAUGGGUUCAACUAUCAACAACCCCAAGAUUACGACAACUAUCUACAAAACGGUCAACAUCAAGCCAAUUACCAGAUCCCUCCAACACCUCAAAGUAUCCCCGAUAGCUCUUAUUACCAAAACCCAGGUCCCAGUAGUCCAGGAACGCCAUAUCCGCCCUUCGAUCCCAGCAACUUCUACAUUCAAAACUACCUCGCCAACUAUCCGUACCCUCAGCAGCCCGCCCCCAUUCAGCAACCUUACGCCGACGCAUCCGCCUCUUAUCCACAGCAACCGAACGUCCCAACGAACCUGAUCAACGGUGGCCAAUCAGACAGCCCCAUAAGCCCCCAGAGCAUUUUCGGUUUCCUACAGAGCAUAUUCAACUUUGCCCCGGGAACCUUUGGUAACUAUCCUCCGACGCAAACGCAGUCGCCAUCUAGUCAUGUUAGCGAUCUAACCGGUGGAGCACAUGUCCAGCAUUCGCCGGCGGCCUCGGGUGGAUCGGCAUCGCCCAUCAUGGCCGUCAGCAGUCAGCUUCGGAAAGCACUGGACAAUAUCGCCGGCAACGAUGAGCUCCAGUGCGUGCCGAAGCUGAUCUGCAUGAUGUCCCGGCGAUCCAGCGGGCAAGGGUUCAGUACCUACGUCAAUCGGGGAUUGUUGAGCACAGUGUUGAGUGCUGUCCCCGACAGCUCACCGUGGCUCAAAUUUUCCCGGGCAGCCCUACUCGGGUACGGAAUUGGAGCCAACAGCUGUGACGUGUACUACCCCAAGUGCCCGAAGGACGAGCCGGAGAUCAUCCACUACUUGAACAACCACCGGGGAGGCUUCUUCCGGUUCUUCAACGAUGACCACAAAAGCUCCAGCAGCGGUUGAUCGAGGUCGUGCCAAACGUGAACGCUUAAAACUAAAACAAUGCUAGACAACCUAAUCCGUGCGUCCUUAAGAUAGGGGAGAAAGUGUGACUAUUUAUUUGAUUAGCUGGUAGAUAAAAUAAAGAAACCAAAACUUAUCAAUUAACCCGAAA